UGCAUUUUCGAUUAUAACCUAACUUCUAUUAUUUAAAUAUUCAAAGCAUACUAAAGGGUUCGAACUGUAUAUGAAUAUAACAGUUUCUCAAAAUUUUCAAAUCCUUAAAAAUUGUUCCAAAUUAUCUACAACACUGAUGUCGAAAAGAAAGUCAAGCAAAGAUGACAACGUCCAAGAGAAAAAGGUUAAAUUCAAUCACUGGUCUCUUGGUCUUUUAGAAACUUUGAAUGAUCCAAAAAAUUUAGUACAAGAGGAUUCUUACACCCAUGUUAUCAAAGAUAAAUUUCCGAAAGCGACAUAUCAUUAUUUAGUUAUUAGCAAACAGGAUAUCUCCUCGAUUAGUAAAGUAACGAAUGAUGAUGUAGAUCUAUUGAGACAUAUGGAAAAAGUAGCUAAGAAAAUUGUUCAAGACGUGAAUAAUUCUGAUUCGACAUAUCAGUUUAAAAUUGGCUAUCAUGCCCAACCCAGUAUGGCUAGACUACAUUUGCAUGUAAUAAGUGAUGACAUGAUCUCACCUUGUUUGAAAACUAAGAAGCAUUGGAAUAGUUUCACAACAGAUUUCUUCAUUCCUUCUGAGGAUAUAGUUAAAAGUUUGGUAAAUGAUGGACAAUUUUCUCUGCCAUCUGACCAACAGUGUAAAAAUUAUCUGACACAGUGCCUCAAAUGUAAUAAAUGUGAUUAUGUACCAAAACAUUUGGGCGAUUUAAAAAAACAUAUAUUAGGACAUUUAAAGACAUAAAACGUUAUGUAUUAAUGGUUAAUUGUUUUAAAAUUGGGAUCAAAUAACAGCUUCUCAAAUUUUUAGUAAAAAUAACUUAAUUUCUCUGGAGUUCAAAGACAAAACUAAAUAUCCUUAUAGUAGAGACAUCCCAUGUUCAAUGAUGAUUUUAUAUUCAGUAUCAGUUCAAUUAUAAAAUCUGAUGAAUUUAUAGUUUCACAAAAGAAACAUUUGUUUUAUAAAAAUUUUAUUAAUUUAUUACAUUAAAUAUUCAAAAAUA